UACGUCCUCUCCGGGCGGGGAUCACUGAGCUUAGAACACUCUCAUCCACAAGCUCAGCUGGCAAAGGUUGCAAUAGUACCUACAAGCACACACAUUCCAGUGUCUAAAGUAUCAGGUAUGUAUUUUUUUCCCAUUCCGUCUUGUACUUCUUAGAAUGAAAAUGUUUGUCUUUGUAAACCUUAUUCUGCACAGAUCUUUAGAGGUUUGUGAGAUAUAUUUGCCUACAGAACAGCUUAUUUCUGAAGGACUCUCCGUCCCACUUCUUCCAUGUAAAAAAAACCCCUAAUUUCUAGAAACAAAUUAUCAAAUGUAAGAAAUAGGAAAUUAGGGCUUUACAUUUGCUAAUGAGAGAAGACACACCAUUCUGUUAUAUUUUGAUCCUUAAAUCUUAAGUUCCUAGUAUUUUGCAACUCAGGGUCUCUCUUGUGAACACUGCCCCAAGCUGCACCAACAAUCUGUUCCACUUGUGAUACUAUAUAAUGUGGCCUUUAAUGGGAGGGAAAUGGACUCUUUGGUCCCCUGUACAGGAAACAAAAACAUAAGAAGAGCCCUGCUGGAUCUGAUCAAGGGUUCAUCUAGUCCAGCAUCCUCUUUCCCGCAGUGACCAACCAGAUGCCUCUGGGACGCCCACAAGUAGGGCAGGAGUAGCCACUCCUCUUGUUGUUUCCCAAAAGCACUUAUUCAGAGGCAUUUCUAACACUAGAAGCAAAAGCUUUUUCUGCGGAUGAAGCCCAUUGAGUGACUCAAGGAAACAAAAAUAAUUUUCUUGAACUUAAAAAUGAAGGAGGUCUUCCAUUUGGAAACAAAACAAUUGUACCCUGCAGAUAAAGAAGCUGUUAUCUCCUACUAAGAGCCAAAGAACACUAAUGAAACUGAAAGGUGUUGCCGCCAAUUGAGCAGAGGAGCCAGCAUGAAUUAUUAUUUUAAUUCUUCAGACGCCACAGCGACCCCAUCAUAUAUGACCCAAUGCCCUAGUAAUGGACUGUGCAGCCGACUGCCUCCAGGAUGUAUGGACUGUGAAACAAAUUGCUCCUGCAUCUAUGGCAAAACUGCUGUUUUUGAAUGUAAAGCCAGAUCCCAGGUCCACUGUGUUGAUGAGAAGAACAAUCGCCCAGAAACUUUCACAAUCAACAUGACUUGCCAGCUUUGCUGGCAGCUCCCUCCAUCAGAUUAUGUCUGUUCCAAUCCUACAAACUGCAAAACGGUCUCUUGUCCACGAGAACGAUAUAGUGCCAAUUGUACAGUGCGUGAUCAUAUUCAUUGUCUGGGUAACCGUACUUUUCCCAAGAUGCUUUAUUGUAACUGGACAGGAGGCUAUAAAUGGUCAACUGCCUUGGCUUUAAGCAUCACACUCGGAGGUUUUGGAGCUGAUCGUUUCUACUUGGGCCAGUGGCGAGAAGGCCUGGGCAAACUUUUCAGCUUUGGAGGCCUGGGAAUCUGGACUCUCAUAGAUGUACUGCUCAUAGGCGUUGGUUAUGUGGGCCCUGCUGACGGUUCACUUUACAUCUAACCAUCAAGGCAAGAAAUGUCAGAGAUGGAUGGCACUUGGAAACACACAAACUGGACUUCAAAAAGACAGCUAGGAGCACUUGUUCCAUAUUUCACAUAUAUUUAAUGUACAGCAUCUGUACUUAGACUGCCUUUAACUUAAGGUGAAAUAAAUGAAUGGAUCAUUGGAUGAUGGGGGUUUUCUGGAGUUUGUUUCCUUUUGGCUUAUUAAAUGCACUUAAUUUUUUUCUAUGAAAAAAGGUGUUUUAAGUUGUGCAGUUCUGUUUCUUGGACAGAUGUAAACUAAUUCACUACAUGUCUAGCAAGUUCCCUUUUUAUCUCCUGCAUUCAGUUAUUUUUUAUUUCUGAGAAGGGUACAUGCAGUGUAUGUGUUAAUUUGACUUGAUACUUUGGCUCCUACAGGACUGAAUGUUACAUUAUUAUUGCUAGAUAACCUUAGAAGUUGAGUCUUCUAAUAUGAUGACUAAUAAAAUUUUCUUUCACCACA